AUGAACUCGCAACGUACGAGCAUGCUGGAUGCCAGACAACCUUUAGAGGCUAUGUUCACAUCUACACAGUGGUUGAGUUGUGCUUGGGCGAAGAAGGCUGAGGGAAAAGAGAUUAGAAAGAUUGUUUUAAAUGACAGAUUUUGGCAAAGUGUCUUAUAUGCCAUUACAACCACUAGACCUUUGGUUCAUGUUUUAAGGAUGGUGGAUGCUGAGAAGAAGCCUGCAAUGGGUUUCAUCUACAAUGCUAUGGAUGAAGCCAAAGAGAUGAUUGCCUCCAACUUAGGAGGCAGUGAGGGAAGCUUUAGGGAAAUUUGGAAUAUUAUUGAUGAUAGGUGGGAACUACAGCUUCACCGACACUUGCAUGCCGCUGGCUACUACCUAAACCCUCAGUAUCAAUAUGCAGAGAACAAGUCUACAAACCCUGAAAUAAAGUUGGGAUUAUAUCAUUGCAUGGAUCGUCUAAUAAGUGAUGCAACUGAAAGAUCAAAUGCUGACUUGCAAUUGGUACCUUUUAGGAACAAAGAAGGUUUUUUUGGAUUACAACAAGCAAAAGAUACAAUUGCCAAACGAUCUCCAGUUGAGUGGUGGAUUCAAUUUGGUGAUGGGACUCCAGAAUUACAACGUUUUGCUGUGAAAGUUUUGGGCUUGACAUGCUCUUCAUCUGGCUGUGAAAGAAAUUGGAGUACCUACAACCAAUUACAUACAAAGAGGAGAAAUCGUUUGUCGACAUUGAGGAUGAACUCACUGGUGUACAUUAUGUAUAAUAGGAGACUCAGAGAUAGAAAUUUGAAGAAAAAAUGA